UUGCCCGGUUGCCUGGCCGAGCGCCGCAGCAGCGGAGGUCGAGGCGGCCGUCGCAUCAUGGAGAGCGAUGAUACUGGGAAUCGGCUGAGGUUUCAGCUGGAGCUGGAAUUUGUGCAGUGCCUGGCGAACCCCAAUUACCUCAAUUUUCUUGCCCAGAGAGGAUAUUUCAAAGACAAAGCAUUUGUAAACUACCUAAAAUAUUUGCUGUACUGGAAGGAACCAGAAUAUGCCAAAUAUCUAAAGUACCCUCAGUGUCUACAUAUGCUGGAGCUGCUCCAGUACGAACACUUUCGCAAAGAGCUGGUGAACGCACAGUGCGCCAAGUUCAUCGAUGAGCAGCAGAUCCUCCACUGGCAACACUACUCCCGUAAACGGAUGCGCCUCCAGCAGGCUCUGGCAGAGCAGCAGCAGCAGCAGAACAGCACUUCGGUCAAGUGAGCCGUUUGGCACCCCAAGAACACUGCUCGCACACGCAGGACUUUGUGGCCUCAACCCGGGAUGCAGCUACCUGAUCUGAGCAACUGCACUGGUGAAAUGUUGUUGUCUGUGAAAGCUUGGCAGCUUGCUCGGUUGGCUUUGGUUUUCCAGAGACUGUAGAAGUUACUUCUGAAAUGUGUAAGAUGAAAUUGCCAGCUCUUGUCCCAGCUGAAUUGAAGGGAGUAAUUGCGUUACUGAGGGACUGGAGCAAAAUGGUAGUUUGGGAGCAUGUGGUAAUCUCUUGUGAAGUAGAAGUGUGUGGUUAUUUUUCUUAGUACACUGGUUGUGGUUGGGGAUAGCGAAUAGAAAUGCCAAGUUGGCAGAAGGUCCCGACUUUCUCUUCCUUAGGAGGAGUCUUGUGUCUGUAGUAUGCUUUUUCCUUCUAGAAUAACCUGGGCAGUUUCUGCAGUACUUGCCUGCCAGAUUGCUAAGGUGAUGAAAGCCACAGGUGUAAAAGAAGUGGCGACAGAGAACCACUUCUUGCUGGGCAAUACAGAAUGUAGAAUGUUACGCAAUUUUUAAUCUCGAAAUAUUAUUUACUCAUUGGUGAGUCUUUGCUGCAAUGUGGCACUAACUUUUGGAAAACCUUCUGGAAAAAGGCAGCUUCUGUCAAAUUAGAUGUUUUACCAUAGUAGCUAAGCAGUCACUUAGACCAUUGCCUCACAACCAUCCAUUCCUGUUGAUUUUGAUGCAUGAACUUAAACAAUAGCUCAACCCUCUCCACAUACUUAGUUUUCCUGUGAGGAACUGUAAUUUUCAUGUAUUCAAACUUACACAUAAGUUUGCUUUAAGUCCUCCUCAAACUCUGCACCCAUUUUCUGCUGCUUUGGUCUGGAAGAAUAACUGCAUUAGCUCUGGCUCAUUCCUACCUUCUUCCUAUUGUCUCUUUGACUCUGAGGGCAGGGAACUGUCUGUCUUUAUAAAACCCUGUAAAUUAACAUGUGUUACAUAAUAGGAUUUGCUUCUUUCUCAUACAGUAUUCUAAGAGGGAAUAUUGUAUUUUUCUUUUGGCCUUUGAGAAUGGCUUGAUGAAUAACCACCAGUGCACUGAGGCAGGGUUAAGAGACUUCUACACUGGCAAUUCAGUUGGUUAUCAGUUUCUCCAGAUAUACCCAUAAGUGGGCGAACCAAGUUGUACUUCAUAAGAUACAAUGGGAAAAAUUAUUCUGAUAAAUUGAUUUGUAGGCCACAAACCCCUUUACUUGUACUUUAAGACAUGAUCAUGGUCCCCUUCCAAAUUAAAGCACAUUGUACAGCUAUUCAGCUGGUAGCAGCAUCCAGAUUAAAGCAGAAAUAGCUCAGUCUUCUGUGAACAGCAUCCUUACAAGCUCUGCUUUAAAGCACUCUUCUUCCACCAACUUUUGCAUCUGGAAUAGAAAUUAUAAACCUUAGAGAAGUUAAAAAUACCAUAUGGGGCAAAGUCCUUGCUUUGGCAUCCUCUGCUGUUUUGCCACACUUCAAUAGUUUUGCACUUGUGGGUUUUGCAGUUUUCAAAAUAAAAUAGAAAUAUUGCCUAA